UCAGUGUCAUGGCGAGCUCCAUCUGAAGUCUGCGCGGUCCGAGAGCGGCGAGUUUCCUUUAGGACUGACUCAUCUUUCAAGAGGAUUUGAGACUAAUUGCAGAUAAUCAAGAAGAUGCCUUCUGCAUCCUGUGAUACACUACUGGAUGACAUAGAAGAUAUUGUGUCACAGCAAGACUCAAAGCCACAAGAUAGGCAUUUUGCAAGAAAGCACAUUGUUCCAAAGGCCCGAAGGCGAAAUACCCAAAAAUGUUUGCAAGAGGAAGAUAGUCCACCAACUGAUAGCACUAUUCCAGGCAUACAGAAAAUUUGGAUACGAACAUGGGGUUGUUCUCAUAAUAAUUCAGAUGGAGAAUAUAUGGCUGGACAACUAGCUGCUUAUGGAUAUAAAAUUACAGAAAAUGCAUCAGACGCAGAUUUAUGGCUCCUGAAUAGUUGCACUGUAAAAAAUCCAGCGGAAGACCACUUUAGAAAUUCAAUUAAAAGAGCUCAAGAGGAGAACAAGAAGAUAGUGCUGGCUGGAUGUGUUCCUCAAGCCCAGCCGCGCCAGGACUACCUUCAAGGACUGAGUGUCAUAGGGGUUCAACAGAUAGAUCGUGUAGUAGAAGUUGUGGAGGAAACAAUUAAAGGUCACUCUGUGAGACUGCUGGGUCAGAAGAAGGAUAAUGGGAAACGGUUGGGGGGAGCACCGUUGGAUUUGCCGAAGAUUAGAAAGAAUCCACUGAUAGAAAUCAUUUCCAUCAAUACUGGGUGUCUCAAUGCUUGUACCUACUGCAAAACUAAACACGCCAGAGGAAACUUGGCCAGUUAUCCAAUUGAUGAACUAGUAGACAGAGCCAAACAGUCUUUUCAAGAGGGUGUUUGCGAGAUAUGGUUGACCAGUGAAGACACAGGGGCUUAUGGCAGAGAUAUUGGCACUGAUCUCCCCACACUGCUGUGGAAGCUGGUUGAAGUGAUUCCUGAGGGAGCAAUGCUGAGGCUGGGCAUGACAAAUCCGCCCUAUAUUUUAGAGCAUCUGGAGGAAAUGGCGAAAGUCCUUAAUCACCCCCGUGUGUAUGCUUUCCUGCACAUACCAGUGCAGUCCGCCUCGGACGCCGUGCUCAUGGCAAUGAAGAGAGAAUACUGCGUGGCUGACUUCAGGAGAGUGGUGGAUUUUCUGAAAGAGAAAGUUCCUGGAAUAACUAUUGCUACAGAUAUUAUCUGUGGUUUUCCUGGAGAAACAGAUCAAGAUUUUCAAGAAACAGUGAAACUUGUUGAAGAGUACAGAUUUCCAAGCCUCUUCAUUAACCAGUUUUACCCAAGACCAGGAACUCCUGCUGCAAAAAUGGAACAAGUUCCAGCACAAGUGAAAAAGCAAAGAACAAAAGAUCUUUCUCGGGUAUUUCACUCUUACAGUCCGUAUGAUCACAAGAUUGGUGAAAGACAACAAGUGUUAGUAACAGAAGAAUCUUUUGAUUCCAAGUUUUAUGUUGCACACAAUCAAUUCUAUGAGCAGGUUUUAGUGCCAAAGAACCCCACAUUCAUGGGGAAAAUGGUCGAAGUGGACAUUUAUGAAUCAGGAAAGCAUUUUAUGAAAGGACAGCCAGUAGCAGACGCCAAAGUAUACACGCCAUCCAUCAGCAAACCAUUAGCCAAAGGAGAGGUCUCAGGCUUGACCGAGGAAUUCAGAAGCAGGCGUGGGGGUCCCCUGAGCUCGAUGUCCCAGUGCGACUCGGCUGGUUCCAGAGUGGGGCUGCGGCUGCAGAGGCUCCAUCAAGACGGAGCCCUGAUGGUGUCUGUGGGCCUCACCCUCCUUGCUCUUCUUUUGGCUUUUCUUGUCAAGCUCUACAAUUAAAACACAGCUAAAUGAAGCAUCUGCGAAGAAGAAUAAAUUCCUAAUUAAAGUCUUCAGUGAACAGGAAGCAACCACAUCAGUUCUCAAAGGGCAGUCAUUUAUACUGGCCUCCUUGCCGCCUUUUAGCCACACUUUCUGGAGAAGCUCACCCUGUCUCACGUGGAGUGGGGCCCACUGGUUAUUUGAGCUCAAACUUCAUAACAGCUGCCGUAGCCUAUCUUUUACAUUAAGCUCCUUUUGGUUUAUUUUAGGCAAGAAAUGCAGUGGCUGCAUCCUCUUUAAACCGUCAAUCUUCAGGUCAGAACCUGACAUACAGCGGAGUGGGUCUGGUCACCUCUUCCUUAUGUGGGAAGACUUUUCAACCUUUAAUAAACAUUUUUAAAUGCA